AUACAUUAUCAAGUUUAGUAUGUUAACUAUUCAGUACUAGCUAAACAAUAACAACAACAACAAGAAAGCAAACAUUUUGAAAUAUUAAAACACAACAAUACUUUACCUGCUCUACGUCCCAGUUUACUUUCAGACAGUUAUGGAACUUGGUCUUGAAUUUGAUGAUGGUGAUUUUACAGAGAAAGUCAGACAGACUGAAACUCUUACAUCUUACAAUGCUAAAGUGUGCCAUCCUGAGUGGUUCUUUUCUGAUCGUGCGGACAAUGGGAGAAAUGAUAUGGCAACAGUGUACAAGUUUAGAGGAGAUUACCAUUUUCAGAGGGAGAAUCACAAGUCUGCAAUCCAUUGUUACAAAAACAGUCUAGAUAGACUAGGUGAACAUAAUCGUACAAUGCGACGAGAGCUGAUGGAAUCAUUGGCCAGAUCUCAUAUGAAAACUGGAGAGUUUCAGGCAUCUCAGAAAUAUGUUGAAAAUGUGUUCAUAGAUUGCCUUACUCCAGAAAAUUACUGCCAGACCUUUCUGUUGCAACAACAAUUGUACAAUAACUCUAGGGACAUAUUAAAUGAACUGGGUGUUCUGCAGAAGUUAAUUACUUUACAUCCAGUUAAUGCACAGAUUUGGCUGAAACUUGUACAUGUAUAUGAGAAAAUUAGUCAGAGUUUGAAGCUGCAGGAAGACAAUAGCAAGAAUGAUACCAAUGAUGAAACAAAAAAGUUUGCUAAUGUGUCAAAGGAUAAUGAAAAUGAAGAAAUUACAAAGAACAGCAAAGAACUGUCUUGUGAAAAAUGUGCAAUGAAUGCUAAAAGAUGUGAAGAGAACCAUGUAUGUACAAGUUAUGAUAGUUUAAAACAGUCUAAUACACAAGAUACAAGAGUAGAUUUGAUUGGACCCCAUGAUAAUUUGAAAGAGUCCAAAGAUGACAGUGGUGAAACCUCUGUAGCAAGUUUACAAGAGGCUAAAGAAAAUGUGACAAAUCAUAUUGAUAUAGCAAGUUUGAGACGUAGUAUAACAGAAUACCCCAUUGAUUUGAUGUUACUGACAUGUUAUAUCAGAGUAAGAUUAAUACUGUCAUGUGUACAAGGUACUGUGGGGUCAUUUAUAAAGGACAAGAACGUACAACUUGUUGCCGAAAUGAAUUCUAAAAUUGAAGAUUUAAAUGUUGAAGAAAAGGUUAUGGAGAUAGUUACGCAGUAUAUAAACCGUGACAUGUUUGAAGACGAGACUGACUUUGCGGAUAAUAAAACAGAUUCAAAUCAGGAUGUUAAGGCUACAAUGGACAAUUUGAUCACUGCUGACAAGUUCAACAAAAGAUGGUUUUCCUGGAUCAAAGAAAUCCCUUGAUAUUUGAAAUUUCAUGUAUAUAAUUAGAUAGUUACUAAAAAUUAAAUAAAUACUAAGUCAUGU